ACAAUUCCAACUUCCAUGACUCUUUUUAUUUUCCUCCAAUUGAUAUUCUAAAUAAUUUUAAGAAUGACACCACCUUUUGGUAGAAUGUUAGAUUAGGUCAGUAACAUUAAUUAGAUACCUUGUAUGUAUGAUGGAGAGUCAAGUAAUGUCUUUACCAAUCUGCAUAUUGAGGGAUCUGACUUACCAUUUGUGGAAAGGAAAGAUUGGAAAUAAUAUUCAAUUUUUUUUUAUGAUAGGGAGAUGCACUCAUAAGUCAUAAGUGAAGCAUUUUGUGUGUCUUAGAGUCCUGGCUCUGCAUACAUUGAUUUGCUGCAUUUUUUUAAGCUUAAUGAAGGCAUCCUAGAAGCUGCUUAUCCUGUCAUGAAUUUCCUUACCUUCCACUAGGUUUAGUUGAUUUCGUUAUGCAGGUUCAUGCAUGAUGAUUGUACAUCUUCUUGCUCUUAUGUUUUUCCCCUUUGAGAUGUUGCACGCCAAUUUGCAUGGGAGCUUUAGAUUGGGGGGAUUCUGGUACAGGUAAGAAGGGUUGGUAUAGUAAAGCCUCUCUCUCUCUCUACACUUAGAGCAUUUUAAAUACUCUAAACAGAUUUUCUCAGGGAUAUUGAUGCCACCAGUGGUUUCGACCAUAUGUGUGGUUGUUUGAGUUGUUCAUAUCAAAUGACUUCCAGUAAUUGUCUCUCCAUUUGACUUUCUGAGAACUCUUCUUUAUUUUAUUUUGUCCUUGCUUAGCUUCUGAAACGAUCCAAAAUCCAAAUCUUUGAUUUCCUAGUUUUCAUAUGUUAACUGUUAACAGGCACUUUGUUUUGUGUCAAGGGUUAUUUACUUCCUAGCCAUCUACACUAUAGCCAAAUCUGGUGGAUGGCUUGGUUGGCCUUUCUACUUUACAACCUACAACUGAAUUAUGGAUGGUGUUGCAGGCACCUUUUGAAUUUUCUGGGCAAAACAGAAGAAAAGGAUUUCCAUUCCGAAAUCCUGUGUGCCCAUCAAGUUUCAUUAUCUGUGACAAGCCACAAUUCAAAGAUCUUAGGUCUGCCUUUGUAUUGGGAGAGAAUGAUAAAGAUUACCAAAGAUUGCGUUUUUUGGUUUGUGAAGGUAUUUCUUACCUUACAUGGCGCUUGUUAGUACAACAUGGCCAUGCUACUCCAAGCAUAGAGGAUGCGUUGGAAUGAUGCGUUUUGCUCAUAGCUAUGCAGUUCUUUCUGAGGAUGGUAGGAUCCUUAGAAUUAGUCUGUGUGAGUAAAUUUGCAAAGGAUGAUGGUGGUUGAACAUGCCAAGGGGCAUUGAUGAAACGAAAAAUCCAGGCAAAAAUAUAAUCUUCCUUGUUAUUGAUGUUAUGCUAAACAAGACUGAUCUCAUCCGCUACAAGGUUUGAGUACCCCAAUUUGACUUUGCAGUGGGAUGGCUGACUUUUUUUGUGCAAAAGUAAUUUCAUGGCUUUCAGACAUUUCUGCCAAGCAACUUCCUGUAUCCAAAUACCUUCGUAUUGGGAAUGUUACCUACAGUAAUUGUCUAUUGUGAAGGGAGAAGGCGAUGAAAACCUGUUAAAAUUGUGGAUUGAAAUGCGAGAGUUGUGUGCCAACAGGCUUUCUGUUUCGCUUAAUUAUUUGACAUGCAGGAGAGGCCUUUUUCCUGCUGAAAGCUGAAGAUGUUGUAUUAACAUUUCUGAUACUGAACUCUGUUGCUCCUAGACAUUAUCACAAUCAUCUGCUACUACUGUGUUGUGGGUUGAUGCUUCAAAGGAGGUUUAAGCUUUGCAUUUAUGGAACAAACAUUGAUUGCAAAGUAUGAAACAGAUUGAAUUUUUCUCAUCUUUCCUUGUGAAAUUUCUAACUAGAGUUGAUAAAUGGAAGGAGAAGGUGUCUUCUGAGGUGAAAUACAAGGUUCUAUGCCAUUGAAGAUGAUAAUAAAUUUGUCAUGGUGGAAGGUGGAAGAAAGAUUUCCAUUCACAUUUCGAAGUAAAUUCACCCACUGCAAUGAUUGAAUUAUUAUAACUAAGAAGAUGGAGGGAAACAUCAUUUAUAUUUGCAGUGCCUUGUUACCAUCCAGUUGUUAGGAAAGAUUAUUGUAAUUUUUCUGCUGAAAAGGGCUGUUUUAUCAGCUAAUAUUGGAAUCCUGUCAUAGAACUUGAGAAGUAGAAAAAUUUCCAAAAUGGAUGCGGGGAUGUUUCUUCAUUGACAAGUCAUCCUCUAUCGGAUUAUUUCAUGAAGUCCAUUUGCCUCAGAAGCCUCAAUCUGAUGACCAAGGUUUCCACAUCUGAUCCAUUCUAGGGUUUCAAGAAUAUCUCCGUAAUUGUAUUUAUUAUAUGGUCAAAUCCCAAACAAUACCUCAUGGUUGAUUCUUGUAAGAAGCCAGUCAUCUUUUGAUUAUGCAUUGCACAACCUCUUUUGUUUAUGUAGGAGAAUUUCCUGAAAUUGUAAAAUGCUGGAAGUGAUUAUACAAGGUGGCAACUUGAAGCACUGUACAAGGAUGGCCAUAAGAAAUCUGAGUCUUUUUUGGCAUAUCAACAAGUCGAGCUUGUUCUGAAGCGAGUUCUUUUAGAGGUAGGCUGAAUGAUUACCAUCAGUUUGUGUAGACCAGUGAUUCUAGUACGAAGUUCCAGAGUUGAAGAUAUAGUUAUGCGUUGUUUGAUCAUUUAGCAAGGCAUUAAUGAUAUGGUUAAUGCUUUUGGUAUUCAUCUUUCCCAUCUUUCAAUCCCGUGGAAACAGCAAAGCGUUGCCCUUUAUGCUUCCUUUUCUUUCCGAAGGUAGAUCAUGGUAGAGCAUCUAGCGUCUGUGCUUAAGUCUCCAGUCUUUCAUCCAUUUUUCUUUUAACUGAUUUCAAUUGUUAGGGUUAAUAUCACUAACUUUUUUCUCAGGUUAAGGUACUUUCAUGCAGUAUGUAGACAAAUAAUUACUAUCUUGGUCCAAUACUUCAAGAGAAAAAGGUUGAGGUGGAUCUUUUUUGGCUCUUCCUACUCCAGAGCCUAAGUCAUCUUUGACUUUGUGGUGACAUUGUCAUGGGGCAUAGAUACUUGUUUGGCACAUCCCAAAGUUAUGAGGGGGACCAGGAUCAGAACCGGAAUCAUAUUCCUACUGAGCAGCCUUAUGUGCAUUUGGGCAGGACUGGUCGUCCAGAAAAUGGUUCUGUUGUUUUUCCCAUUGAAAACAUUUCAACAAGUGGAUUAACUUUUACCUCCCAGUGGAAUUCAGCAAUGAGGUCGAAUGAGUAUCCUUCCUCAAGUGCCGGCAUGGAGGUACCACAUUAUCGGCCAGCUGCUGGAGGCUCAUCUUAUGAUCCCUUUCUGCAGCCAUCAGCUGGUGGGAACUUCUGUCCAGCCUCGCAGAAUUAUGCCCAUCAUGCAUCUUCUUCAAGCUAUUACAGAAACACAAUUCAUGGUGUUGAGGGUAGUGUUGUUAAUUCUUCUGUUGGCAGUUCAAGAAGGCCAUGUAAAAGAAAAGGCCCAGCGACUUCUCUAGUCUGUGAGAGAGGCAGUACCAGCAGAUACUAUGGUGCUGGAAGUUCUUCUGAUCUCUCUAUCUCUUCAGACGUGCAGCAGGAGAAACAUAAUUUACAUUCCCAACAUCGGGCUUGGGAUCCCAUUGGCACAAACCCCAGUUUUAGAGGCAGUAGUUUGUCAAUUGGGAAUGAAGGUUCACAAAGGAAUGUGAGAAGCCGAUCUACCCUUGAUUUGGAAGCAAAUCUAGUUAGGACCCAUUUGUCAAGCAAUGUUUCUCGCCUUCCCCAUUCUACUGGUCGUCCAGUUGAUCAUUCUGGCAUGGUGGAUCUUUCUGGUCCUGGUGUUAAUGCAAGCACUUGGGAGAGGAGUCAUGAUCCCAUCUCUCCUGCUGCUCGAGGAAGAAUUCUGGCUUCAGAUACCAGUGGCCCGGCUCACGAGACCAACCAGUUUCUAGGAGUCUCCGCUAUUAAUGGUUCCUUGGAGCUUGGCGGGUACCAGAAUGAUUUUAUUUCCAGCAGAAAUUCUGCUGUUCCUCCCCAAAAUCUUCAUGGUAACCCAACUCAAGCUGUGAGGGGUGGUCGUAGUAGCUACUAUCAAAGAUCUUCUAUGCCUGCUUACAGGUCCUCUUUAAGCUACCCACGGUUGGGGCAUAAUGCAACUUCUUCAGAAGAUGGUCUGCGGUUGGCAUCCGAAACUUAUCCUGCCAGACAUUCAAGGUCGUUUUCUACAGUAGGGUGGCAUAACAAUGACAGGAGUGGAAGGUCUAGAAUAUCUUAUGAGAGAUUCCGUUUACUUUCUGACGAGGCCGAUGCCCAUGAUAGAUUGUUGUCUGAGGGUCUAAUGAUUGUGGAGCGCUCAGCCUUGUAUGGUUCCAGGAAUUUGCUUGAUCAGCAUAGGGAGAUGAGGUUAGACAUAGACAACAUGGGUUAUGAGGAACUUCUUGCUUUGGGGGAAAGAAUUGGUAGUGUUAGCACAGGUUUGUCAGAAGAUAUGAUUUCAAACAGUUUGACAGAAACGAUACAUCGUUCCACAGAUCAAAUCCAGGAGGAAGUAUCUUGUGUGAUCUGCCUGGAAGAGUACAAGGAAAGGGAAGAAGUUGGGACUCUGAAGAAUUGUAAACACGAUUAUCAUGUGGAUUGUAUCAAGAAAUGGUUGUCGAUGAAGAACGUCUGCCCGAUCUGCAAAGCACCUGCUAUAGCAGCAGACAGAUGAUUUGCAAGAGAAAUAACUUCUUUUGCUGAUAUGCAUGAUCUUUGCUUUGUCCAUCUUGUAAAUAUAUUUGGAUUUAGAGUCCAUCUCCUAAAGUCAGGAGACAGACUAGUUUACAAUGUUUGUAUGAAGGAUGAUGUUCAAUUACAAUCUCAAUUAUUAGGCUUAAAAAAACUGUUUAUGAUAUUCUUC